AUGACUAAGCAAAUGAUCUCAUUUCAGGCUCCCUGUUUGCAGCCCGAGCUCAGCUUCGACUUCCAGGAGUUCAGAGAUGCCGUCAGCACUUUCCUUCCUGAUCCUACUGACCUGAUGCCACCUCCACUGGAUGCUGCUGGGUUCAGCUUCCCACUGAGUGAUGGAUCUGCCUUCAACCCCUGCCUUCAGACUGUGCCAGGUACCCCCAUCCCGCAGCCCAGCCUAUCAGGUGCUGCCCCGGCUGAGCAGUACUGGAAGGAGGUGGCAGACCACAACCAGAGAGCGCUGGGAGAUGCGCUGGUGGAAAACAACCAGCUCCACGUCACCUUAUCCCAGAAGCAAGAGGAGAUCACAUCCCUGAAGGAGAAGAACGUGCAGCUGAAGGAGUUGGCCAGCCAGGCCAAGCAGCUGGCCUCAGUGCUUAAUAGACUGAUGGUCCAGCAGGCCCAGGAAGCACCAGAUGCUUCCCACUGUAAGGGAACAGUGAAGAGGGGCCUGGAGGACCUGUUUGCCGCUGGCCAGGAGGGCUGUGAGGGGGUAGAUGAGAUCCUGCGGGAGAUCUCAGACAAGUGCCAUGCCGCUCUGCAGACGCUUGAUGAGAGCAAGGACAUGAAGCGCCUGCGGCUUCAAGCUGAGGAGCGCCAGGCCAUCCCUCUGCAUGGAGCCUUCAAUGGACUGGAGACAUGUUUCAGCCAGAGCUCUGUGGAGCUGGGUGACAGUGAGCUGGAAGAAGGCUUAGCUUUCAGGACCUCCAUCAAGGAGCAUGGCACGAUCCGGACACUGGCAUUCCCUCAGGGCAAUGCUUUCACGAUCAGGACAGCAACUGGGGGCUACAAGUUCAGAUGGGUUCCCAGCUGAACUAGGAAAGGAUCAGCUAACUACACUGGCCAAGCCCCACUGAAGGCUUUGCACUGCCUGCACUUACAUUGGCUGGGCCCAGCCAGGCCAUGGGGUUUCCUCUCCCAGUGCUGCUUGUGGUGAGGGUGAGUUGAAGGGUUUCUUUGGAAGCUGCUGAGGAAAAAUCUGGAUGCUUUUUUUUUUUUUUCUCCAAAUAAAGCUGGGCUGUGAUUGUGUGUUCCAAGCUUAUAAAGUCAUAUUUAAGUCACAGUUGUGUGUACAACUAUAUUUAUUUUUACAUCCUGUCUGAUCACCUAAAAUUGACAAGGAUUUUUAAUAGUUUCACAUAAACAUUGUUUUGUAUCAGGUAGGUACACUGACUGCUUUGCACAAAAGAGUCUUUCUUACUGUAAGACUUGUUCUGCUAAAGCAGAGAACAUUAGAAAAAAAACAUGUGCUUGUAUGCACUCAGUACUAUUUUCUCAAGUAAAGAGAAAUAAAGAAAUGGGCAUUCAAAGUUUUUAAAUGGAUAUACUUCUAUUGCACAUACCUAAUCAAAAAGCAUGCAUUUAGAAUUGACAGGUAACUUGAAAGUCACAACAUUCUCAGUUAAGGUUUUUCAGUAUAAUCUGGCUGUGCAGUCAUGUGCAUCACCAGCACAUCAAUAAGUAAAUAAGGUAGUGGUAA